CUUACCAAACUCCUCCCAGCCGCAGGCUUUAAUAUACUUGAUAUAAUAACUAGUAGUAAUACCGCAGCACAAUACAACCAGAUAUCUCAAACCUUGCAAACGGAUAUCGCCGGCCGUAUAUGUAAUACGGUGCAUGCUGAUGGCCACAACUUGUUAAUUGCCGCCGUAGGUCUGUUAGGGAUAGUAGGUUUGCAAGAUCAUUGGUUCAAGAGGACGAGGAUCCUAAGGCAGAUAUUGUGCUGGUGGCAAGGCAGUUCCUUCGAGAGGCAGAUUUGGUACUUGGUAUGGCACAUAAGCUUGAUUUCAACGUACAGUGGCCUAUCCAAUACCAUCGGGCACCUCCAAAACCCACUGGGAGGCCUAUCCGGUAUAACUACAAUGACCAGUCUUCAGCUCCCCGAUCGGCUGCAAGAGUCUUUAGACGAUACGAAAGUCGAGUAUCGCCAACUUGGCAAAUCUGGACUUCGCGUAUCUGUACCCAUCUUGGGCUGCAUGGGUUUCGGCGACUCCCAGGCUAUUCCAUGGGCACUCGACGAAGAUAAGGCGCUGCCGUUGCUCAAGGCAGCCUAUGAUAGGGGGCUCAACACCUGGGAUACAGCCAACUCUUAUUCAAAUGGUGCUUCCGAGCGUAUCAUUGGUAAAGCCUUACAACAAUUUGGUAUCCCUCGUGAGAAGGUGGUAAUUCUCACCAAGUGCAAUUUUGCCGUGGGCGAAACUCCUGGGAUGACCGAUCCUCGUUUCAAUCCGAGUAACCCUAACGAGGAGCAGCAAUUUGCGUUUUACUCCGAGUUUGAAAGAAGCAAGGAUUAUCAAAACCAAUUUGGCCUCUCGCGUACAGCAAUUUUCAACCAAGUCGAAGCUUCAUUGAAGCGACUAGGCACUACAUAUAUUGACCUGCUACAAAUCCACCGCUAUGAUAAUUCGGUACCUAUCGAGGAAACUCUGAAAGCUCUUCACGAUCUUGUUCAAUCAGGCAAGGUCCAUUACAUUGGCGCCAGUAGCAUGUGGGCAACACAAUUCGCUAGGCUUCAGUUUUGCGCGGAACAAAACGGCUGGACGAAAUUUGUUAGCAUGCAGGACCAGUAUAACUUACUUUAUCGGGAGGAAGAACAUGAGAUGAUUCGCUUCUGUAAUGAAACAGGUGUGGGACUUAUUCCUUGGGCCCCUUUGUGCCGUGCCUAUCUCGCCCGGCCCCCGUCUAGCUCCACGACGAGUACCUCCACUGAGACUGACCUCACGAGUGGGGGACUUGGUUCCUCUGAAGUCGAUAUCAAAAUUAUUGGACGGGUGGAAGAGCUUGCAAAAAAACACGAAUGGCCGAUGGCUCACAUUGCACUUGCCUGGAUUAACAAGAGGGUCACAAGCCCUAUUAUCGGAUGCAGCAGCUUAAAAAGACUCGAUGAGGCUAUUGGAAGUAACGGAAAAUGUCUAGAGAGCGACGAGGAGCAGUAUCUCGAGGAACUUUAUCAGCCGAGACCUAUCUGGGGACAUAUCUGA